GCUGAUUAAGUUUUGCCCUGCAGUUGAGUUUGGCACGCUCGGAUUUCUGACAGUUGUGUGCCUCGAGCUGCUUUUUGAUGCGGAUAUUUCGAGAGGGGGGGUGACCAGUGACAUCGAUGUGCACGCCUGAUUGUGGAUGGAGCUUUUGACCGGGCCAUGGAUAUGACGUCCUCUUCAUCAGCAGCGCGUCAGGAGGUGGACCGCAGAGCAGACGACCUGCGUGGUAUGCUGCAGAACUGCUUCCUCACUGGUGAGGAGGAUGAACAAACGGCGACUCCUUACAUUCGUACAUUUCGGGAUGCUCAAGAGGAUAAGGUGGUGGUGGAUUUGGACCCCCGAGCGGCGGAUGUUACAGUUGGCUAUCUGCGGCAGCACGGAGUGCUGGUGGUUUUUCAGGGAGCCGGUGCCGACGCGACGUUUGUUGAGAAGGAGGAUUGGUUGCGAGCGAUGGAGACGGGCUGGGACUUGGCCGCAGCCCAUGGUCAUCAUGGCAGGAUCAAACCAGAGGGCGCGAACAUGGUAUCCUAUCUGGCGCCGAAUCACGUGCUUCGAGACUGGCUGCUUAAUACACUCAAGAAAUGUGAUAAUGCAGUCGUGGGCGGUGGGUCUUCUGCUCCCGCGGGAGGUGGUCUGCGGCCUGAGGGGGCACCUCCGCCGGGGGGGGCACCACUAGCAGGGGGGGGGCCGCCUCCGUUGAGAGAUGGGCUUCCCCUGUCUGGGCCAACCCCUUUGCCAGUGCCUGUUGCGCCUUUACCCGUUGCUGGUGCAGGGCAUCCCCUCCCAGUCUCGCCAUUGUCUGCUGCUUCGCCAGCCCCAUUUGGCAUGCCUCUACCUGCAGUCUCGCCAUUGCCUACUGCUUUGCCAGUCCCACUUGGCAUGCCUCUACCUGCAGCCGAGGGUGGGCAUCCUCAGCCUUCCCCACCGUGCCCGCUAGGAAUUGUUGCUCCCUCUCCCCCGCCUGCUGCGCCACGGCCCCCCCCGGCCCCGACGACAACUGCUGAAGGACGCGCUGAAGAACACUCGUCCCAACUUCGACAGCAGGCGCAAGGAACAACGGUACCGGCAGGAGUAGCGGGAGGGCCUUCAGAGCAACAGUGGAUCGGAGACGAUGGUCUUAAGGAGGCUCCUCCCCCGACAAAGGAGAUAACUGGGGAGGAUCACAACGGAGGAAAGCGACCACAGGGGGUCCAAGGCAGCAGCAACCUGGCCCUUACGACCGGCCGUCUCAGGAUUAUCGUGCUUCAUCAGAUGCAUCAUCAGCAAAAUCCGUCUCCUAGGCAGAUAUGGCCGAUGCAGCAGCACAGCCGGCGGGUCUGCAAAGUUCAGUUCCCCUGCAGCCAGCGGGUCUGCAGAGUUAAGUUCCCCUGUUGCAACAGCCAGGGGUACAGCAUCAACAACAGCAGCCGUCAACGGAGAAUAGACAACCACUUCGAGCGCAGGUGUUCCCUGGCUCCAUCACAGAGGCAAUAGCAGCAGGACAACCAUGGGUGGUAGUGCCGCUGGUGUUUACUGCGGUUGACGGGCUCUUGCAGUUGCUGACUGCAGUUUCUGCGGCGGGCCCUUUGGCGA